CUGCAAGUCAAUGAACAUCCAUUCAAUUUAAAAGGGUCUUUGCGUAAUGUUUAUUUAGGUUUUUUUGUACAAUGGAAGCUGAAAAAUUUAAGAACACUUGCCGCACUUGCAUGUCCGAAAAAGAAGAUUUAUUAUCCAUUUUUGAAAUACAAAUAUGGAAUGGAGACUCAAUACAAAUGGUCGACUUUAUAUACAACUUGACCGCAAUUGAGAUCUCCCAGAGUGAUGGUUUACCACAACAUCUUUGCAUAGACUGUGUCGAUAUGAUGUGUAAAAUAUAUUACUUCAUUGAGCUUUGUAAGGACUCCAACGCAAACUUUCGACUUGUACAAACUGCAGCCAAAGAAGACCAAUGCGAAAGUAGCAUCACGACCGACCGAACAAACAAUGAAAUGUUAACCUUGCAACCAAAGCUGAAACAGCACACCUCGACACAAAAAGAGAACCAGCAACAUCAGUGUAUGGAAUGUUUAAAAUCAUUUACUAAGCAAUCACAUUUAACCUUGCACAAGCGAACUCAUACGAAUCUUGAAGAUAAGCUGCAUGUUUGCGAUGUGUGUGGGCAAAGGUUUAAUUAUUCGUACUUAUUAAAAAGGCACAGCUUUAAACAUUCAGAUAAGAAACCAUUCCCUUGUGAAAAGUGUGACAAAGGUUGUUUAACUGCGGAAAGCUUGAGGCGUCAUAUGGUAACACACGAAGAAAAUUACAUGAAAAAAGUACACAUUUGCUCUGUUUGUGGUAAAGAAUUUCCGUAUCCUAGUAUUUUAGCUGAGCACAUGAAACAUCACACUGGCGAAAAGCCAUUUUUAUGUUCAAUCUGUGGAAAAGGUUUUCGGCAGAAGAGUAACUUAGAACAGCACCACUUGUGUUCGCACUGCGGAUAUAAACCAUAUAAAUGCGAAGUUUGUGAAAAACGUUACACAUCUAAAGGUGUUUUAAAAGUACACAUGCGGUGCCAUACGGAUGAAAGGCCAUACAUUUGUGAUAUUUGUGGGUUCGCUUUUCGACAGAGCAAUGAUAUGAAGAGGCAUAGAUUGAUUCAUAGUGGAAGAAAGACAGCUUUGUGCACUGUGUGUGGGAAGCAAAUGUCAACUACAGGUCAACUAACUGUUCAUCUUAGAUCUCACACUGGCGAAAAGCCCUUUAACUGUGAAGUGUGUGAAAAAGGGUUUACCACCAGAAUGAUGCUAGUGAAGCAUACAAGAAUUCACACAGGCGAACGCCCUUAUGUUUGUAAAAUUUGUGGCCAGUCAUUUAAUCAAAGCAGUACAUUAAAAUCACAUGGCAUUGUGCAUAAACGUGUAGACAAUAAAAUCUGACUGUGUUAUUAUGUAUUUAAAAUGUUAUUGUGAUCAAUUGUGAUAGUUAAUUAUUCAUAAAUAAAUCUAAUUUGGUGUAAUCUC